UGGGGAUAGGAAUGCUAAUUAUCGAAAACCAGAUAGAGGGGUAAAAUUGUAAUAUGAAGUUGUUGCCGAUCAUUGAUCAAAACACCGGACUCCUCGACCUCCAUGGUUUCGUUUUCGUACGAAUUUCGAGCUCCAACUCAGCGAGCGUCAGGCAACUCAACUCUUCCUAACCGUAACAUCCACACCCCUCGAUUCUCGCAAUCUGCAAAAAUUCCAAUAACACUCUCUCAUUAUUGCAAGAUUCAAGGUGCUUUGUCCAAUUGUUCUCUUGUAAUUUAGAUUUGCCCUUUAUGUGCUAUAGUGUUGCAUCUUUGUCAUGCACCACUCUCUGUUCUGUAUUUUUGACUCAAAGUAUCUGUGGGAACUAGUGCAAUGGCAACAUCUAGCAAGUUUGGUCCAUCUUCCAGUAGCCCAGAUAGACCAUUGUACACUGGGCAGCGUGGAUCCCACAUAGCUGCUUCAUUAGAUAGAUCAGGUAGCUUUCGGGAAAGCAUGGAAAAUCCAAUUCUGUCUUCUCUUCCCAACAUGUCGAGAAGCAGUUCUCCAGCAACACAUGGGGAUGUGGAGAGAUUCUUCAAUGAAUCACAUUUUGAUCCAAAGUUGGUAGCAUCAGAGCUUAAGUCUAAUCGUCAAAUGGAUUAUAAGCGACAUUUUAAUGCUGCCCUUGGAAUUUCACCUGAUGAAUCUCCAUCUAGUUCUUCAAAAGGCAAGCUACUACCAUCCCCAUUACCAGAAGACAUCAGACGACUCAAGGAUAGUUUGUCUGCAAGCGGUGUGAAGGCGAGGGAACGUUCGAAAUUGUUCGGUGAGACUUUAUCUACAUUUCACAAAUUUUUCCCAGCUAUAACUACAAAGAAGAGAUCUCGAGCUGAAGGCUAUUCUAAUGACCGUUCUAGUGUCAUGUUAAGUGAUCGGUCGGUCUUGGGGCCAAGUACAGGUAAGGUUGGAGUUCAAGGUCAUCCUGUCACUGGUGCUUUUGAGCAUGAGCAGCAAAAGUCAGAAGAACGGACCAAAAAUCUUGUUCCAAACAAGCGCACUCGAACUUCAAUGGUUGAUGGAAGGAUGGAUGUACGGACUAAUUCCCUUGUCAGGCCAUCGGGUACAGUUGAUAGAGAUAAGGAUAAACUACGGAUUGCCAAUAGCGGUACACUUCAGAGCGAGGAACGAACCUUAACUAUUGAAGGCGAUGGUUGGGAAAAGUCCAAAAUGAAGAAGAAGCGUUCCUGCAUCAAACAAGAUGGUUCUCCAAGUACAACAUUGACUAAACCUGUUAACGCCUUCCAGGAAACUAAACAGGGAAUUCAACAAAGACUUGUUACUGAUUCUCGGUCAAAAUUGAGCAAUGAUUCUUUCAGGACGGGAGUUUCUAAUGGUAUCGUUGGAGCUGGAAAAUCAGAUGGUAUCUCUCAACAGACUGGAUUGAGCAUACAUGCCUCUACCCUUAGAAAGGACCAAGAUAAUAAUUCCAUUGUCAAUGAUAGGCGGGGACGUCCUGUUAGUUCGGACAAGUAUAGGGCGAACUUCAGAGCUGUUAACAAGGCAACUGUUCGUGAUGAAAAUAAUUCAGCUAGCCCUAACUCAGGUACAAAAAUGAAUACCUCUAUUCGGGCUCCUCGAUCAGGUUCUGGAGUUGCCCCCAAGUUGUCACCAGUUGUCCAUAGAGCAGCUGUUCCUAAUGAUUGGGAGCUGUCUCAUUGUGCCACAAAGCCCCCUGCUGGUGUUGGUACCAACAACCGUAAACGUGUGGCAUCAGCACGAUCAUCUUCCCCACCUGUUGUCCACUGGCAGAGGCCGCAAAAGAGCUCUCGCACUGCCAGAAGAACAAAUUUCAUGCCCAUUAUUUCAAAUAAUGAUGAUGCCCCUGCUUUGGAUUCUGCCUCUGAUGUGGCUGGUAAUGAUGUCGGGUUAGGAUUUGCCAGACGCUUGGCUGGCGGUUCUCAGCAAAUUAAGUUAAAAGGUGAUCCUUCAUCUUCAGCUGCCUUAUCUGAAAGUGAAGAGUCAGGGGUGGCUGAGGUUAAACCAAAAGAAAAGGGCAGGAAAUCAGAAGAGAUAGAUCUGAAAGCUGGACAAAAUGUUCAAAAGAUGUCUAACCUGGUAUUGCCAACAAGAAAGAAUAAGCUUGUUUCUGGGGAAGAACAUGGAGAUGGUGUUAGGAGGCAAGGGAGGACAGGACGUGGUUUUACUGCCACAAGGUCACUGGUGCCAAUGACAUCUGAGAAGCUUGGAAAUAUAGGAACUGCAAAACAACUUAGAAGUGCAAGACUCGGAUCUGAUAAGAAUGAAAGCAAGGCAGGUCGUCCACCAACCAGGAAACUUUCUGAUCGUAAGGCCUAUGCACGUCAAAAACCUACUGCUAUCAAUGCGGCAGCAGAUUUUUUUGUUGGGUCAGAAGAUGGGCAUGAAGAGCUAUUGGCUGCUGCAAAGGGUGUUAUCAACUCUGCUCGUGCCUUUUCCAGUACAUUCUGGCGGCAUAUGGAGCCUUUCUUCAGUUUGAUAUCUGAGGACGAUAUUACUUACUGGAAGAAAAAGGAAAAUCUUGAAUCAAGCACGCUGACGCCAACUCCAAUUCCUCCAAAUAUAGAUGGUUGUGAAACCUUUGUUAAUGGAUAUGGGUUGAUUGGCUGUGAAAGGGAUGUCGGAUCUGAAGUGACACAUUGGGUUGGUGGGACUAUUGCAGAACAGUUAGAACUAUCUAAGGGAGAUCAUAAUGUGACUCCUCUCUGUCAAAGGCUUAUUGCUGCUUUAAUCUCAGAGGAGGAUUGUAGUGGUGGAAAUGAAGAUUUCAAGUUUGAUGCAUAUGAUACUGAAUUUGAGCCUGAUGGGGAGUUGGAAUCGAGCGGUUUGGAUUACCGGUCACGAACUAAUUUUCAAUCUGCUUAUAAUGGUUACAGGGUUAUUGGGAAGCCAGGACAUGAUGAAACUGAAAGUGAUAUAGUUGGUAUUCUGCCAACUGGGUUGAAUUCAAGCUUUGGUAACUCUGUAAAUGGUUUUCUUCAUGAUAAAGCAUUAAUGUCUAGCUUGACAUAUUCAGAGUCGCGAUAUGAUAACUUGGAUAUAAAUGAUAAGCUUCUCUUGGAGCUUCAAAGUAUCGGAAUUGCCCUAGAACCAGUGCCUGAAAUGUUGCAAGCAGAUGAUGAAGGAAUGUUGGAAGAUAUUACUAGGUUAGAAGAGCUUUACAGAGGACAGAUUUCCAAGAAGAAAGGCUUGCUAGAUGGAUUGUUGAAAUCUGCCUCAGUGGCUAAAGAACUUCAAGAAAAGGAUUUUGAACAACGUGCUCUUGAUAAACUUGUUCUGUUGACUUAUGAGAAAUACAGGGCUUGUUGUGGUCCUAGUCCUUCGGGUGGGAAAAAUUCAAGCAACAAAAUGGCCAAGCUAGCCUUUAUUCAAGGACUUGUUAAACGGACAUUGGAUCAAUGCCUUCAAUUUGAAGAUACAGGCAAGAGCUGCUUCAGCGAGCCUUUAUUCAAGGAUAUGUUACUUGCUGCCUCUUCCCAGCUUUCUAUGGUUCGGCAAUUAGAUGGAAUGGAGGCUAAAUCCUCAAAACCAUAUGCUCCUUCCCUUUCCAUGGACGCAAGAACAGCUUCCGUGGGUUCACAACAGAGCCCAUCACAAUUUAUUCAGAAUAUGGAUAAUAAUGAUCUCAAUUCAUCAGAUAUGCUUCCUGCUUUAAAUCAUUCAUCUGAACAAAAUAGUGGGAAGGGAGAUCUCUGGUCGAACAGGGUGAAGAAGAGGAAAUUGUCCCUUGAUGACGUUGGUGGUACUCCAGGUACUUCAAGUGCUUGUGGCAUUGGAAGUUCUCUAACAAGUAGUGCAAAAGGAAAGAGAAGUGAGAGGGACAGAGAUGGAAAGGGGCACAGCAGAGAGGUUCUAUCCAGAAAUGGAACUACCAAAAUUGGUAGGCCAGCAUCAUCCAGCGCUAGGGGAGAAAGAAAAUCCAAAACAAAGCCUAAGCAGAAAGCAACUCACCAUUCUGUUUCUGUAAAUGGCCUCCUUGGUAAGCUAUCAGAGCAACCAAAACCAGCGUUGCCUUCUGUUUCAAAGUCUAAUGAAAUGUAUACUAAUAGCAAUGCCAAGGAAAAGGAUGAGUUUGGCUUGGGUGGAUUGGAUGACCAUGAGCCUAUUGAUUUGUCCAACCUGCAGCUACCUGGAAUGGACGUACUUGGUGUUCCUGAUGAUCUUACUGACCAAGGUCAGGAUAUUGGUUCAUGGUUGGAUAUUGAAGACGAUGGACUACAAGAUAAUGACUUUAUGGGCCUUGAAAUUCCCAUGGAUGACCUUUCAGACUUGAAUAUGAUGGUUUAGAGCUGCUUUCUUUGUAUAGUCCUGUUCAUUAUACCAAUAACAAAGGAAACAAAGUACUUUUAAGAAAUGACUAGUUACAUAGGAUGGUCUUAUGGCUAAUCCUGUCCACAAUUAGGCUAUAUAGAUUCUUUGGUAGACUAUUCACUCCAAGUUGUUUUUUGAGUGACCUUUCCAGCAGUUUUGGAUUUUGGUAGUGUUAAAAGUUCGUGACUUCCACUGUAAAGAUCUUUUUGUUCAAGGUUCAAGUUAGUAUUCCUAGUGAUUAUAUGUUAGCAAACACCAUCUUGGUCGUAGCUCUUACAAAUGAAGAACAAGGCCUCCUGUACAUACAUUUAAUAUUUUUAAUAAA